AUGUUCGGAGACAAUGAUAACAUUCGACAAGAGUUUCUCUCCUUUGACAGAGAUCGAACUGGCUACAUCACAAAAAACGAGCUUCGACAAGCGAUGCAAAGCGUCUACGGUGAGCAGCUGAGCGAUCGCCAAAUCAAUGCCAUGAUUGAUGAAGUCGAUGGAAACGAUGAUGAUAUGGUGAACUAUGAGGAGUUCGUCAUGUUGAUGUCAAAUAAA